GCCCGCCUCCGCCGCGCCGCCACUUCCCCGGAUGUCCGUCCGGCGACGGGGCCCGAGGACAUGGCGCCGCAGGUCAUCAAGUGCAAGGCUGCAGUUGCUUGGGAGGCUGGAAAACCUCUCUCCAUAGAGGAGGUGGAGGUGGCACCCCCAAAGGCUCAUGAAGUCCGAAUCAAGAUCAUCGCCACAGCUGUCUGCCACACCGACGCCUAUACCCUGAGUGGGGCUGACCCGGAGGGAAGCUUUCCGGUAAUCUUGGGGCAUGAAGGUGCUGGCAUUGUGGAGAGUGUUGGUGAAGGAGUGACUAAGCUGAAGGCAGGUGAUACUGUUAUCCCACUUUACAUCCCACAGUGCGGAGAAUGCAAAUUUUGUCUAAAUCCUAAAACGAACCUUUGCCAGAAAAUAAGAGUGACUCAAGGGAAAGGAUUAAUGCCAGAUGGCACCAGCAGAUUUACUUGCAAAGGCAAGACAGUCCUGCAUUACAUGGGAACCAGCACGUUUUCUGAAUACACAGUUGUAGCUGAUAUCUCAGUUGCUAAAAUUGACCCUUCAGCUCCCUUGGAUAAAGUCUGCCUUCUGGGCUGUGGCAUCUCGACUGGCUAUGGUGCUGCUGUGAACACCGCCAAGGUGGAACCAGGCUCGACCUGUGCUGUCUUUGGUCUGGGAGGCGUCGGGCUGGCGGUCAUCAUGGGCUGUAAGGUGGCCGGUGCGUCCCGCAUCAUUGGUGUGGAUAUCAAUAAAGACAAGUUCGCGAGGGCCAAGGAGUUUGGUGCUUCUGAAUGUAUCAGCCCCCAGGACUUCAGCAAGCCCAUGCAGGAGGUGCUGGUGGAGAUGACCGACGGGGGUGUGGACUACUCCUUCGAGUGCAUCGGGAAUGUGAAGGUCAUGAGAGCGGCCCUGGAGGCCUGCCACAAAGGCUGGGGCGUCAGUGUGGUGGUCGGGGUAGCAGCUUCCGGAGAGGAGAUCGCCACCCGGCCCUUCCAGCUGGUGACCGGCCGCACCUGGAAAGGCACUGCUUUUGGAGGAUGGAAGAGUGUGGAAAGCGUCCCAAAGCUGGUGUCUGAAUAUAUGUCCAAAAAGAUAAAAGUCGACGAAUUUGUGACUCACACUCUUCCUUUUGACCAAAUUAACAAAGCCUUUGACCUGCUGCAUGCGGGAAAGAGCAUUCGAACAGUUGUAAAAUUUUAAAUUCAGGAAAGACGUCCCCACCCAUCAUGUGGCCUGACGGGCGCAGCCAGACUGGAGGGGCUCGCACAGUUCACAGCCUCGUAGACCUGUAGUGACCUACUCUGGGGUGUUUUGUAUAUAAAUCCUAAAUCUAAUCAAGUACAAGGCUAGUGACAGUCUUAAAUCUGCUUGCAGGACUCUCACAUGAAUAACUGUCAACUCAUUAAGGAAUCGUUUAACAUAAAAAUCAUUUCUGCACAUGUGUGGAAGUUGUCAUUUCUUUG